GUCCAGGCAUUGUUCCUGGUUUCUAGCAUGGCUGCCAUUACCUGACCAGCGCCUCGGCCAGUGUGUCCGCAGCGCCUGGAGACGCUCCCAAUUGUGGUCUCUGCUUUUCACAGGGCAGAUCUCUCAACUGUGACUCCAGAGAAGUGUCUUCUGCCCCCCGGGGCAUGGCCGCAACGCAGAACUAACCGCCAAAGUCUUCGCUUCUCUCAGGAUGCAGCUGAGGUGGACCCAGCAGGGCAUGAUGUGGCUCGGAGCCCUGCUGACACUUUUGCUCUGUUCAAGCCUCAAAGGUCAAGAAAACUCCUUCACCAUCAAUAGCAUCCACAUGCAGAUCCUGCCGCAAAACGAGGUGCAAAACGGGGAGGACCUGACGCUGCAGUGCAUCGUGGACGUCAGCACCACCUCGCGGGUCAAGCCUCUGCACCAGGUGCUAUUCUACAAGGAUGAUGUGCUGCUUCACAACGUCUCCUCCAUGAGAAACACAGAGAGUUAUUUGAUUCCCCACGUCCGGGUCUGCGACUCAGGGAGAUACAAAUGCACCGUGAUCCUGAACAACAAGGAGAAAACGACGCCAGAGUAUGAGGUGUGGGUGAAAGGAGUGUCUGAUCCCAGGGUGACGCUGGACAAGAAGGAGGUGAUAGAGGGUGGAGUCGUGGUAGUCAACUGUUCUGUCCCAGAGGAAAAGGCUCCUGUACAUUUCACAAUUGAAAAAUUCGAACUAAAUAUAAGGGGCGCCAAGAAAAAAAGAGAAAAAAACUCUCAGAACCAGAAUUUUGCGACGCUGGAAUUCACAGUUGAGGAGCAAGACCGUGCCAUAUAUUUUCAAUGUCAAGCGAAGAUCUUUUCCGGGUCCAAAGUGGAGUCCUCCAAAGUCAUGAGGAGUGAACUAGUCACUGUGCGGGAAUCCUUCUCUAAUCCCAAGUUCCACAUCAUCCCCGAGGGAAAGAUCACAGAAGGAGAUGACCUCCAGGUCAAGUGCACAGUUCAGGUGACGCACCAGGCCCAGUCUUUCCCGGAAAUCAUCAUCCAGAAGGACAGGGAGAUUGUCGCACACAACAGCCACAGCAGCGAGGCUGUGUACUCUGUGAUGGCCACGACGGAGCACAACGGCAACUACACGUGCAAAGUGGAAGCCAGUCGCAUAUCCAAAGUCAGCAGCGUCAUGGUCAACAUCACAGAGCUGUUUUCCAAGCCUAAGCUGGAGUCAUCAGCCAUACAUCUGGACCAGGGCGAAGAUCUGAACCUGUGGUGCUCCAUCCCAGGAGCACCUCCGGCCAACUUCACCAUCCAGAAGGGAGGCACGACUGUCUCACAGACUCAAAAUUUCACCAAGAGAGUGUCAGAGUGGGACAGCGGGUCAUACACCUGUGUCGCAGGUGUCGGCAGGGUGGUCAAGAGAAGCAACACAGUCCGGAUAACUGUGUGUGAAAUGCUUUCCAAGCCCAGGAUUUUUCAUGACUCCAGGUCUGAGGUGAUAAAAGGACAGACCAUUGAAGUCAGUUGUCAGUCCGUAAACGGAACUGCGCCCAUUUUUUAUCAGCUUUCAGAUGCAAGUAAGCCUGUGGCAAACCAGAGCAUGGGCUCAAAUGAGCCUGCAAUAUUCAGAGAUAAACCCAUGAAAGAUGUAGAAUACUGGUGCAGUGCAGAUAAUUGCCAUUCCCACACCAAGAUGUUCAGCGAAGUUCUGCGAAUCAAGGUGAUAGCCCCAGUGGAUGAAGCCCAGCUCUCUAUCCUCUUGAAGGAGGAGGUGGAGUCUGGGGAGCCCCUUGUGCUUCGCUGCUCCGUGAAGGAAGGAUCCGGUCCUAUCACGUACAAGUUUUACAAAGGAAAGGAGACCAAACCCUUCUACCAAGAAACCUCAAAUGCCACCCAGGUCCUUUGGCACGUGCCCAUGGCCAGCAAGGAGCAUGAGGGACAGUAUUACUGCACGGCCUCCAACAGAGCCAACCUUUCCAAACACGUGAGCCCAAGCAACACACUGAACGUCAGAGUCUAUCUUGCCCCCUGGAAGAAAGGACUCAUCGCAGUGGUGGUCAUCGGAGUGAUCAUCGCCACCUUGGUAUUUGGAGCCAGAUGCUAUUUUCUGAAGAAAGCCAAGGCCAAGCAGAUGCCGGUGGAGAUGUCCAGGCCAGCCGUACCGCUUCUGAACUCCAACAAUGAGAAGACUUCGUCAGAUGCCAGUACCGAAGCCGACAGACAUUAUGGUUACAAUGAAGAUGUUGGAAACCAUUCAGUGAAGCCAUUAAAUGAAAAUAAAGAGCCUCUGACCUUGGACGUGGAGUACACGGAAGUGGAAGUGACCUCCCCGGAGCCUCACCGAGGUCUGGAAACAAAGGGCACGGAGACGGUAUAUAGUGAAAUCCGGAAAGCUGAUCCUGAUUUCGUGGAAAACAGAUAUUCUGCCAGUCUUCAAUCUUAAAGGGUGUGACCAUAGCGUGUCCUGUCUCUUGUCACUGCAGAGAACGGAAGGCUCCCUUGACGGAUCUUAGGACUCCGUGAGCACACGCGCCUCCCUGGGAGGACACCCACAUUCCAAGACGAGCAGAUGAUUCCUGUAUCGCAAGAGUUUUGUGCACUUAUUUAUGGACCUGCCCUGCUCCCACCGAACGUAGCAAUUCGUCAGGCCAAGUCACCAGUUAUUAAAUCCAUCUUAACUACUUUUAUGUUGGGUAUAAAGAGCUAACAGACGGGCUGGUUAGUUUCCCACACAGCCCGCCUCCCAGCAAGUUGGAGCAUCCUCAGGAGUGGAGAGUGGCAGCCAGAGGUUCAGGGUAAACUGGCCAUUGGGAUAUUUUGAAACUUGAAUAUUUUGUCUUGUGCAGAAAUCGAGAACUUGUCCAAGUACUCUCAUCCACAGAAGCCAGUUUCUGUUUUGUAGUCAGUUCCCCCUAGAGAAUGGUCUAGCUUAGGGGCUAGUUUUUCUCUUUGCCUUUGGUCCUUUGAGGGUCUGUGGUUCUAGGCAGUCCUUGUUCCUUGCAACUGCACAGCACGGACUGGACAGCUGCACCCUGUCCUCUCCACGACCUCGCCUGCCACAACUGGGAGAAAAAGCUGCUUGGGAGCGACCCUUUUGAGAUGCCAACUUGAAGACGAAGUUCAUUUCUGGGCAAUGCACCAAAUAGAAAAUGAAGUUGGACAAAGCACAGAUGUUCCUAGGCUGGUUUUCUAUCCCCUUUUGUUUCUUUUCCUCUACCAUGCUGAAGGCCAAAGGACAGGAAGAUGGCUGCCUCCAGCAAAUUUUUUUUUUUUAAUAGAAAAACGAAAUGCAUAUUUUUCUUACUAAUUUUUUGUUAUUUAUUCCUUGCUAAAAGGAAUGGUCUCCCGAGGUCCUCAGGUGUUUCUGAUGGUGUCCUGAGUGUGGACGAGGGGCUGUGGCACUUCCGUGGCGGGAUUGCACUCAUGAGCUCACCCCACCGAAGCCACCUCCCUCGUCCUCCUCAGCUACGCAGUGCAGAGGCCCUGCGGGGUGUUGUAUUAAAUAAAUCUGAUCUUCACUUUUCACAGA